AUGUAGUCAUAAAAUUCUUUUACUUUAUUUGGUAAUGCUCAAGUAAAUGAAACAGAGUCAAACAGUGAAGUAAAGAAAAAAAGAGAUGAUUUUGCUACAGAAAUCAGAUCAAGAGAUAGAAACAAUCUAAUUAAUCUAAAAAGAUUAGCUUAAAAUGUAGUUCAUGUAUUUAUUCAAUUUUAGAAUUAAAAUACCCAAAUUUAAGAUUAAUUUCCUUUGAUUCCAUUAACACUUCCUUUAGAUAUCUAAUAAACUUUAAAAUAAUAAUAAGAAGUCUUAUAAAAGACAUCAUUUACAUUUGAAGAUUUCCCAGAUUUAAUAAAAAAAAUCUAUUCUUAGGAUGUCGUUUAACUUCAUUAUGGAAUUACAGGUUUAAGAAAAAUGCUUUCAGUUGAAGUAAAUAUUAGAUUUAAAUAAAGAGUGGUGCUCCUAUCUAAUAAGUAAUAGAUGCAAAUUUAGUACCAAAGUUAAUAGAAAUAAUAUAAAAAGAAUAAAUUCCUCAAUUAAUCCUUGAAGCUGCUUGGGCAUUAACCAAUGUGGCAAGUGGAACUACUUAAUAAACCUAAUCAAUUAUAGACAAAGGAGGAAUCAAUUUGUUCAUAAAGUUGCUGAGUUCACAAUAUAGAGACAUAGCAGAAUAAGCAGUUUGGGCCAUAGGUAAUAUUGCCGGAGAUUGUACAUAAUAUAGGGAUCUAAUUUUAAAAUUUGGAGGAGUUGAUCCACUUAUAACUAUCAUAGAAAACGCUCAAAAUAAAAAUACAAUCAAACAUUGUACAUGGUCUUUAAGUAAUUUAUGUAGAGGUAAACCAAUUCCUGAAUUCAGAGUAAUUAUUCAAAAUUAAUAUUAAAUAGUAUGUCAAAAAUGCAUUACCUAUAUUCUGUAAAAUAAUCAUAAAUGAAAUUGAUCCAGAAGUAUUAACUGAUGCAUGUUGGGCUCUAUCAUAUCUUAGUGACGGAGAUAAUAGUAGAUUAUAAACUGUUAUUGAUUCUUAAGUUGUCCCAACAUUAAUCAAAUUAUUAGAUCAUUCUUCACUUUAAUUAGUUAUUCCAACAUUAAGAAUCCUAGGUAAUGUUGUUACUGGGGAUGAAAAUUAAACUACCUAUGUACUAAGCCAAGGAUUGCUCAGUAAAAUUCCUAAGUUGCUUUCUCAUGAUAAAAAAGCUCUUCGAAGAGAAGUAUUAUAUUUUAAUUAUAAUAGGCUUGUUGGACCAUUUCUAAUAUUACUGCUGGAAGUAAUAAUCAAGUUUCUCAAGUUGUUAGAGAUGCACCUAUUCUUGAAUAACUCUUCGCUCUUAUGACUAAUGAUGUUGAAGAAAUAGUUCGAGAAGCUACUUGGGCCAUUGCUAAUUCUACCAAAAAUGGAAGUAAUUCAGAUAUUUAACUUCUGGUUUAAAAAGGAUUAUUAAAUGUUUUUAAACAUUUACUUUAGGGUGAAGACAUCUAAAUAUUGAAUGUUGUUCUUGAAGCCCUUUUUAAUGUUCUCAAAAGAGGUAAUAUUCUAUUCUAUAUUACUUAGGUGAUUAAGAUUUCUAAGAUGAUAAUUAUUAUUUAACUACAAUUGAACAAAAUGGAGUUAUCAAGAGAAUUGAAGAUUUACAAAAACAUUCCAAUCAAAAUGUUUAUUAGAAAUGUUUUAACAUAUUAGAAUAAUAUUAUGAAGCAGAAUCUGAAUUAUGA